AUGGCUGGUACGAGCCCCCCGAACCCGACCUCGAACAACACGAACUCGACGACCCCGACUCAAGCCACUAUGGAGGUAAGACGUACCAUCUCUCCAUAUGACUUGACUGCUGCCGACAACCCAGGCGCUGUGAUAUCUCAUCCGCUGUUGAAAGGGAUGAACUACGAAGAAUGGGCGCGAGGAAUGAAGACUGCGCUUUGUUCUCGCAAAAAGUUCGGUUUUCUUGACGGAACUAUUGCUCGACCCGAAGAAGGAUCAUCCGAUCUUGAAGACUGGUGGACGAUUCAAGCAUUGCUGAUCUCCUGGAUUCGCAUGACUAUUGAUCCUGUGUUGCGUUCCAACAUUUCUCAUCGAGAUGUUGCCAAGGAUUUAUGGGAACACUUGAAAAAGCGUUUCUCCGUUACAAAUGGUCCACACAUUCAGCAACUCAAAGCGGAGCUCGCUUCUUGCAAGCAACGUGGACUUACGAUAGAGAGCUACUAUGGUAAGUUGAACAAGAUUUGGGAUAACAUGGCUAAUCACAGGCCACUGCGUCUUUGCAAAUGUGGGAGGUGUGAGUGCAAUCUUAACACAUUGCAGGAGCAAGAUCGAGAGAAUGACAAGGUCCAUGAUUUCCUUUCUGGUCUUGAUGAUGCUUAUCACACAGUGAGAUUGACUCUGGUUUCUCGUAUACCGAUUCAAUCUUUGGAGGAAGUGUAUAAUGUUGUUCUUCAAGAGGAAGAUUUGAGGAACAAUGUUAAAAAGGAGGAUAUUUCAGCUGACGUGAUUGCAUAUGCGGUUCAUCAACGAGGUCGUGUCUCCUCGUCCGUACGUAUUGACGAUGUGAAAUCUGUAUGUACCCACUGUCAUCGAAGUGGUCAUUCAUCCGAUCGUUGUUUUGCUGUUGUGGGUUACCCCGAGUGGUGGGAUGAUCGUCCAAGGAGCCGUAUGGUACAAGGACGAGGUCGUGGUGGGUAUAUUGGUGGUGCAUCGAGUGGUCGCGGUCGUAACAUGACGUAUGCCAAUGUUGUUCACGUGCCUCCAAUGCAGCCUCAGGAACACGUUAAUUACGUGAUCACGGACAAAGACCGCGAUGGCGUUAGCGGCCUUGACAACAAGCAAUGGGAGCGUCUUAUAAAGCUUCUCAAUGCUGGUGGCAAUGGUGGAGCAAGUUCCAGUCACGAAAAAGUUUCGGGUAAGUAUUCUACUCCUUCUUGGGUAUUAGACAGCGGGGCAUCUCAUCAUUUGACGGGUAACUUUGAUAUACUCACAAAUGUGCGACAUAUGGAGCCUGUGCUGGUUAUUUUAGCUGAUGGGAGGGAGAGAAUAUCUAGUCAAGAAGGAACAGUUGUUUUGGGAUCCAAUCUGAUUUUGAAAUCUGUUUUUUAUGUUGAAGAAUUUCAGUCUGAUCUCAUUUCAGUAGGCCAGCUCAUGGAUGAGAAUAGAUGUGUAGUACAGAUGGCUGAUCAGUUUCUUGUGAUCCAGGACCGUGCUUCGAGGAUGAUGAUUGGUGCGGGUAAACGGAUUGUGGAACAUUUCGCUUUUGUAGAACGGAGGUGGGAGCGUUUGUGA